AUGAGUUCGCGUACUCGAAAACAUGCACAAACAUCCACCUCCAAUAGUUCAUCAUUAACGCCAUCACAAUCCUCAACACUAUUUUCAUUCAAAUUUAUCCCGCAUCUUAUGUUAACAUUAUCACAAAUAAUUCUAUCAACACUCGCACUUCUGCACUUUCCAUCCUAUAAAUUACUGGAUGAUCCGGUGAAAUCUUUGAAAUCGACGGUGAUAAUACUGGCCGGGGUACAAUUAUUGAUUGAGGCUGCUCGAUGGACUGUGUUGUUGGAUGGUGGACGCAAAAUCGAUAGUGAUGAUGUCGAUACGAAAAUAUCAAAAACUUCUAUGGCCAAAAUUCGGUAUAUGAUCAAGAAACGGCAGUGGUAUUUCGUUAUUGCGGUAGGGAUCACAUUAUUCGGGGCCUUCUUUUUUCACAUAAUUGCCGUGCUUUUUGGCGCUCCUUUGCUCAACAAAGUAGAAAACACGUGGCUAUUUGCAAUUUAUGUAUCAUUACUAGCGAUAUUCCCAUCUGCAUGCGCAUUGAGAGAUAAUGGUCCAGCAUGGGCAAGGAUAUUUUCGGAUAAUAAUCCAGUGACAAUACCAGAAAAGUCAAUUUAUUACCCUACGGUGGCUACAGUGGUGGGUGCUUGGUUGGGUGCUAUUGUGAUACCGUUGGAUUGGGAUCGUCCUUGGCAGGUGUGGCCCAUUCCAUGCGUAAUUGGUGCAUUUUUGGGACAUAUCGUCGGCAAUUUAGUAGCAUUGAUUGUUUGCUACUUCAAUGUCGAAAGUACCGCAGAGAAAAAGAGAAUCGAUUCAAUUGUUUUUUGUGUUGCUAUUGAUGUUGAUGGCAGACUCGACCUUGAUUCUGGCUUGACAUCAAAUCUUGUUUUACGUUCUGGCCUUGCAUCACAUUCCGUUUUACACCCUAACAUUUUUGAUGAAAAGGCGCUACAAUUUUAG